GGAAUUUUGGAUUGGUUCAAGCGAGUGUUUGUAUAUGAGGGUGUUCUUUCAUUUUGGAGAGGAAAUUUGGCUAAUCUCAUCAGAAACUUCCCAACAUAGGCCAUUAAUUUUUCUAUGAAUGAUGCUCUUAAAAGAUAAUUCUUAGCUGGUGUUGAUCCCCAAAAAAGACCAGGCAGAUUCUUUGCUGGUUCAUUGUUAAGUGGUGGUUUUGCAGGAUGUAUUGGAUUAUUAAUUUUGUAUCCUCUUGAUUUCAGCAGAACAAGAUUAGCAGCAGAUAUCAGAAAGGGAGCAAACGAAAGACAAUUCAAAGGAUUGAUGGACUGCUUGGGUUAAAUUAUCAAAACCGAAGGCUUCACUGUAAUCUAUUAAGGAUUUGGCAUCUCUCUAUUGUCUGUUUUUGUUUAUAGAGCUUUAUACUUUGGCGGUUACGAUGCUGGUAAAAUAGCCAUUUGGGGAGAUGAUACUACUUAAAGAAAUUCAUCCAUGUUUGCCAGAUUAAUCUUUGCUAAAUUUGUAGUAUCAACAUCUGAAAUACUUGCAUCUCCACUUGAUACCGUAAGAAGGAUGUUGAUGAUUCAAGCUGGACAAAAAACUAACGUUGAAUACUCAGGAGCCAUAGACUGUUUUGCAAAAAUCUUAUCGAAUAGAGGCCCAACAGUAUUCUAUAGACAUCUAUCAUAUAAUUGGAAAUAUAUUAGUCCAUCUUUAGUGUUAGUUCUUUAUGACGAAUUCAAAAAAUUAGUAGCAAAAGAUGGAAAACAUUGAUUCAUUUAAUAGCAAUGAUUACAUUAUUUUUUAUAACUAUGUAAUA